UCUACGCCCGCGUUCAUAGGUCAUUCUUCUCUUAAAGCAUCUUCGCUUUUACAGUCCCGUGUGUUGAUUCGAACCCACUUCCCCAUCUCCUCAUUUUCCCUCUACGACCUUUUUUUUUUUUUCUUCUUCUGGGUAGUAAUGAGCAGCUGGAAGAGUCUUCUUCUUCGAAUUGGCGACAAGUCCCCGGAAUAUGGCACCUCCUCCGACUUCAAAGACCAUAUUGAAACUUGCUUUGGUGCGAUUCGGCGGGAGUUGGAUCACUAUGGAGAUGAAGUUUUGCCUUUCCUUCUACAAUGCGUUGAACAAUUGCCUCAUAAGACUCCUUUGUACGGGACAUUGAUUGGGUUAAUAAACUUGGAAAAUGAAGACUUCGUGAAGAAAAUUGUGGACCAAACUCACAAAAGUUUUCAGGAUGCCUUAAACACUGGAAAUUGCCACGGGAUUCGAAUUUUGUUACGCUUUCUAACUACCCUGAUGAGCAGUAAAGUCCUGCUGUCCACUUCUCUAGUUGUUGUUUUUGAAACAUUAUUAUCUUCAGCUGCCACAACAGUGGAUGAAGAGAAGGGAAACCCUGCAUGGCAGGCACGCGCUGACUUUUACAUAUCUUGCAUUCUCUCCUGUUUUCCCUGGGGAGGAGCUGAACUGGUUGAGCAAGUUCCUGAAGAGCUCGAGAGAGUAAUGGUUGGAGUAGAAGCUUACUUAAGCAUUCGAAGGCAUACCGUGGACACUGGUUUAUCCUUUUUUGAGGAUGCUGGUGAAGUUGAGAAAACUCUUAAUGAGAAGGAUUUUUUAGAAGAUUUAUGGGGACGCAUACAAGCGUUAUCUAGUGAUGGAUGGAAAGUGGAUAGUGUUCCAAGGCCCCACCUUCUAUUUGAAGCUCAGCUAGUUGCUGGUAAGUCUCAUGAAUUUGGAAGCAUCAGCUGUCCGGAGCAACCUGAUUCACCUUCAACACCUUCUGGCAUUACUUAUGGUAAACAGAAGUAUGAUGCAGAGUUAAGUUAUCCUCAAAGGAUACGUCGGCUUAAUAUAUUUCCAUCAAGUAAAUUUGAGGAUCUGCAACCUAUUGAUCGUUUUGUCGUGGAGGAGUAUCUUUUAGAUGUGCUUCUUUUCUUCAAUGGCUGUCGAAAGGAAUGUGCGUCUUUCAUGGUUGGUCUCCCUGUACCUUUUAGAUAUGAGUAUCUUAUGGCAGAGACAAUCUUCUCGCAGUUACUCAUGCUACCACAACCACCAUUCAAGCCUAUUUAUUAUACGCUGGUCAUUAUUGACCUUUGUAAGGCUCUUCCUGGGGCCUUUCCUGCAGUUGUAGCUGGUGCAGUUCGUGCUCUGUUCGAGAAAAUAGCUGAUCUAGACAUGGAGUGCCGCAUACGGCUAAUACUUUGGUUUUCACACCAUCUAUCAAAUUUUCAAUUUAUAUGGCCAUGGGAAGAAUGGGCAUAUGUUUUAGAACUUCCAAAAUGGGCUCCACAGCGAGUGUUUGUUAAGGAGGUUCUGGAUAGAGAAGUUCGUCUAUCAUACUGGGAUAAGAUUAAGCAGAGCAUUGAGAACGCGCCCGGUUUAGAAGAGUUGCUACCUCCCAAGGGCGGACCAAACUUCAAAUUUUCUACAGAAGACGACGGAGAAAAAAAUGAACAACACGCACUUUCUGCUGAAUUAUACAAUAUGGUGAAAGGACGGGCUGCAGCACGGGAAGUAAUUUCAUGGCUCGAUGAAACUGUAAUUCCUAAGCAUGGUUUUGAUGUUUCGCUCGUGGUGAUCGUGCAAACUCUUCUAGAUAUUGGGUCAAAGAGUUUCACCCAUUUGAUAACAGUUUUGGAGAGAUAUGGUCAAGUGAUAUCAAGAAUAUGCCCUGAUCAGGAUAAGCAGGUCUUGCUUAUAUCUGAAGUGAGUUCUUACUGGAAGAACAAUACUCAAAUGACGGCAAUAGCAAUUGAUAGAAUGAUGGGUUACAGGUUAAUAUCCAAUUUGGCCAUUAUCAGAUGGAUCUUUUCUCCAGAAAACAUCGAGCAGUAUCAUACGUCAGAUCGUCCAUGGGAGAUAUUAAGGAAUGCGUUGUGCAAGACGUAUAAUCGUAUUUCCGAUCUUAGGAAAGAAAUAUCCUCCCUGAAGAAAGAUAUUGUGGCAGCUGAAGAAGCUGUAGCGAAGACACAAGACGAGUUGAACGCUGCUGAAUCGAAGCUCGCACUUGUCGAUGGUGAACCUGUUAUGGGAGAGAAUCCUGUAAGACUGAAGCGAUUGAAAUCCUAUGCUGAAAAAGCAAAAGAGCAGGAAGAAUCGAUACGAGACUCGUUGGAAGCCAAAGAAGCUCUUCUUGCCCGAGCACUCGAGGAGAACGAGACAUUAUUUCUAUCCUUAUACAAAAGCUUCUCCAGUAUAUUGACCGAACGCCUUCCAGCGGCAUCUAGCGUACAAACGCUGCAGGAUUUGAAGUCUAUUAAUCCAACCGAUACGAAUGCUAUGGACCUCGAAGAAGAACCAGCAGCCAUGGAUAUGGACAAUGAAGAUUCAAGACCUGAAAAAAGUCAAGUGAACGGUGGGACAGAGCAUGCUUACACUGUAGGUGAAAAUGAACAAUGGUGUUUAACAACCUUAGGAUACGUCAAGGCCUUCUCGAGACAAUACGCUUCCGAGAUAUGGCCACACAUUGAGAAGUUGGAUGCAGAAGUCUUGUUAUCAGAAGAUGCACACCCGCUUUUCAGGAAAGCAGUCUACUGCAGCCUACGUCGAUCUAUGGACUCGAUCUAACAGCGUAAUCGGAUUUGUUUUAGUAUUAAACAUUUUCUAUUUAUCCCCUCAAUCCUUCUUCUGUUUUCUUUUUGUAGAUUAGGUAGAUAGAUCACUACGUAACAUUUGGCUACACGAAAAAUUCAUAUUAGGCUAGACAAUCGUUAUAGAUACCGGUUUAAUUGUACUUGUCGAGUUAUGUUCAUGGAUUCGUGUAUCAUAAUAUCUAUCUUAAAUUGCUCGGGUGUUACGAUCAUUUAUUUCG